AUGCCAACACCACAUCUGAGAGGGAGUGCUCAGUUAAGGGCUCAGGUGGCUGUAAAGGGACAACCUGAGAACAUUGGAGACCAGAUAAAGAGACUGAUCCAGAAGUUUAUAACAAAACAAGAAACCAUCAGCUUGGUGGUUGUUCCAUCCAACGUGGACAUAGCAACCACAGAGGCUUUGAAGAUGGCACAGGAGGUGGAUCCCAAUGGAGACAGGACUUUGGGUAUCUUGACCAAGCCUGACCUGGUGGACAAAGGCACGGAAGAGUCCGUGGUGGAAAUAGUCCGUAAUUUGGUCAUCCACCUGAAGAAGGGCUACAUGAUUGUCAAGUGCAGGGUACAGAAGGAGAUCACAGAGAGGGUGUCUCUGACUGAAGCAAUAGAAAGAGAGAAAGCCUUCUUCAACGAUCAUGUACAUUUCCAGAUUCUCUACGAUGAAGGCCGUGCCACUGUUCCUAAACUGGCAGAAAAACUCACCCUUGAGCUGGUGCUUCAUAUCAAGAGAUCUCUGCCUCAACUGGAAGAGCAGAUAAAGAUGAAACUAGCACAGACUCAGGCAGAGCUGGACAAAUAUGGCAGUGGACCCCCAGCUGAGGCCGCUGAGAGACUCUGUUUCCUCAUUGAUAGAGUGGCGGCGUUUACAAAGGAUGCUAUCAGUCUCACCACAGGGGAGGAGAUCAAAUUUGGAGGCAGGCUCAACAUGUUUGCCAUACUCAGAAAAGAGUUUGCAUGA